AUGCGACCCUGUGAUGCAAAACCCUUCAUCCCAACGGACGCUUUUUUCUCCUGUACGCUGGAAGAGGCCAAAGCACGGCGCAAAUUUCACAACGUUGCCGAUGUCCUUAAAGUGCGGAAACGAAGGGUUGUUGAUGGCAAUGACGUUUUGAAUGCAAAAGGUGCCGAGGAUCGAGCGCUGGCAGGAACGGACAGAGCGGUGGAGCGGCAGAUGCUUGGCGUAUCUUUUCGUGACCAUAUAAAUAAUCAGAUUCUCAGACAGAUGAGCGGCGUGCAGGAUAUCAUGCGACCACGCGAGAAAGUAAAAUUCAAUGGACAAGGUCGUGUGAUAGGUCCCUGCAUGGUCUUUGACUACAGCAGCGGAAGACAGUGA